AUGGGGGGCCAAAAGGGCGAAGACGUCUACAACCAAUCCGCCUCCUUCUGGGACUCGUACAUCAAAGGCCGCCCCUCUAUCCCCGACUCCUUCUUCUCCACCAUCUUCGCCUAUCAUGCCUCACACUCUGCCUCAUUCUCGCACGCGCACGAAGUCGGCGCAGGCGUCGGCGUACAUUCCCCGCGCCUGGCCGCCCGUUUCGCCAACGUCCUCGUCUCCGACAUCAUCGAAUCCAACAUCCAAAUCGCAAAAGCCCGCCUCCAAAGUCUAGGCUGCUACACCUUCAAGGCCAGCUCGCUGGAAGACACCAUCGACCUGCCCCCCGCGAGCAUGGAUCUCGUCUUCGCCUCCACAAUGAUGCACUUCACCGACGUCGACAAAGCCGUGCGCGCAGUGCACCACCAGCUCAAGCCCGGCGGCACGUUCGCGGCAGGGCUGUACGGGACGUAUGCGCUGCACGAGCCUGAAGCGCAGAGAGUAUGGCAGAAGCUCGUGCAGGCCAUCUGCAACAACAUCAUCCAACGGUACGGCCUCGACAAUCGCGCAAAAACAAUCCUGGCGAACGAGGCCGCUGGACUAGACAGCGUGGGCUUGCCUGAGGAAUACUUCCACCCUGCGCAGCGAAUCGAUUACAAUUUUCCUCAACCCAGUACCUUGAAGGAUAUGAUUCUGCCGCCGCAGUACGGGCUUCACCCCGUCUCGCGCAUUGGGAGGAGAGAUGAAGUGGUCAGAGGUGUGUGGGAUAAGGGGUGGUUUUCUAGCCUGGGGAUCGACGGGCUCAAGGGGAUGGCGGAUACCUGGCCGCAUGACGAGGGGGAUGGGGAGAUUGUGGAAUUAUGGGAGGAGCUGACGGGAGUGGUUGGGGAAGGGGAGGUCGAGGGGGCGUGGAUGGUGAGUUUGCUGUUGGCAACAAAGAAGUAG